UCCUCGCGGGCUACUUGAAGUGAGAGAAAGCGACAUAGCGUAUGCAUGUUUCCGUGUAUAUGGACCGAGGCUAGCGGGCUUGUCUGCAGGUUGGUACUGAACUCGGCAUUAACGUGUGUGGCGACCUAAGAACACUUUGGACCUUGUGUAGAAAUUGUGCCGACCAACUGUCCGCGUCGUCUUUCUGUGAGCUGUGUGUAAAUUGGCGCAGAAAUCCCGAGAGUGGUUGCCAUCUCAACAGCUUAGCCCUUACGAACCUUUAACCUUCCCGAGAAAAAGCUAGCAGCUAAUGCUAGCCUCCUCGUAACCGUUCCUACGCGAUCAUCCGUUUUCUUUACGUAAGUAUUGUUCGUACACCGGUGAACCUCGCCCGUAACGUGAGCACCUACGGGAAGCGAACCGAUCCCAGUCGGACUGCGCCACCGAGUGUGAAACAUGUCCGGAGCUAACGUUAACCGAGGACAAGCUAACGCGGCCGGCGAGCUUCACAACCAGGAGAAUAUGCUGUCACGACUGAGGGGCUCGCUGAAGACCCGAGUGGCCGCAAGCGAGGACCAGGAGAACCUUCCGCCCAAACAGGCGGCGGCGGCCGCCACCAGAACCGUCCUCGGAGCCCUGCAGAACAACCAGCGGAGCAAAGCGCAGAACCAGCGCGGCUGCAAACAGGAGUCCUCACAGUCAGUGUCCUGCAAAAAUGAGGACAAAAGCUGCCCCGAGAAGCCCUCCACCAAGCCGUCGGCUUUCCAGAUCCACAUGGACGAGCCCGAUUGCGCCUCCAUCAAGAAGCCGCACCAGGUGGUGGUGGUGGCCGCCACCGAUGCGAAGUCCGACACUGAAACAGUCAACGCUGCGGCCCGACUCCGGCAGCCCUUGGCCACCAUUGAGAUGCCUUCAGCAAUGGACCUCAGCUUUGACUCUCCCAUGGACAUGUCCAUAGUAGAGGGGGAGGAGAAACCAGUCGACGUCAACAACGUCCCAGAAUACGCUGCCGAAAUUCACACAUACCUGAGGGACAUGGAGAUAAAAACCAGACCCAAAGCCGGCUACAUGAAGAAGCAGCCGGACAUCACCAACAGCAUGAGGGCCAUCCUGGUGGACUGGCUGGUCGAGGUUGGAGAAGAGUACAAGCUCCAGAACGAGACCCUUUAUCUGGCUGUGAACUACAUCGACCGCUUCCUCUCCUCCAUGUCUGUCCUGAGGGGGAAACUUCAGCUGGUCGGGACCGCCGCCAUGCUGCUGGCUUCGAAAUUUGAAGAGAUCUAUCCCCCGGAGGUGGCAGAGUUUGUUUACAUCACAGACGACACCUACACCAAGAAGCAAGUGUUAAGAAUGGAGCACCUGGUGCUUAAAGUGCUCUCCUUUGACCUGGCGGCGCCAACCAUCACGCAGUUUCUCACCCAUUACUUUCUUAACCACUCGGUUAACAAACGGGUGGAGAGCCUGGCAAUGUACCUGGGGGAGCUCAGUCUGGUCGAUUCCGAUCCCUUCUUGAAGUACCUCCCAUCACAGGCCGCUGCCGCAGCCUACACGCUGGCAAACCACACCGUGACUGGUGGCUCAUGGCCGCAGUCCUUGACAGAGAUGACCGGCUACCUGCUUGAAGAUCUGAUGCCAUGUGUUGAGGAUCUGCACCAGAUAUUCCUCAAUGCUGCGACUCAUGCUCAGCAAUCUGUUCGGGAGAAGUACAAGGGCCCCAAAUACUCUGAGGUUUCCCUCAUCGACGCUCCGACUAAAUUGCUGCUGAAGUAAUCCCCCCCGCCCCCCCUGUCCAUAUAGUUUUGUACCAAUGUCAGUAAUAUUUUUUUAUUUUUUAAUGAUGCUUUUCGCAAUUUAAAUGGCACGGCCUGCUCUUCUUGGAGUAGUCGAUGUUUAGAGUUUUUAAGGUAUUUUUAUAUACUCAAUCCUGACAUGCAGAUGCUACAGUCGUGUUGGGUAAUCAAGUUUUACUUUUAAUCUCAGACAAAAUGUGGAGUCCUUUGCUCUACAGUGUCAAACUCCAAUGGACCCGUGAUGUACUAAAGCCCAUAUCACCCAAGUUUGUUCCACUUUUUUAAAGGUUGAGUUGAUGGCGUUUAUUGUCACAUUAAGUACAUUUUAGUCUGUAAUGGAGUCCACUGUCUACUUACAUUGGAGUCUUGGAAGGUAACUGCUUUUUCACUAAGUCACCAUCUGCACUGUAAAAUAUGGCUCUUGUAAAUAAAAUUCAUUUAACGUAA